UAGCACCCAUCAACAUACCUGAUACAGCAGCCACCAACGUAAUAUCUGAAACAGAACCUAUCAGCAUGACUGUCUCAACAGAGAGGUCCGAGGAGCGAGGCACGGGAGGUCUAGAUCCCUAUGCACCUAACCAUAGCUUGUCAGAUGUAAAGUCCCUCUAUGACGCAUGUAAAUCUGGAGACACAGAGAAAAUUUUCAAACUUCAUGCAAAAUGUCCAGAGUUGUUAUCACAGAACAGUAACCAGUACCUUCUUGGCAUUGUUGAAUCUGGAAACAUAGAUUGCUAUAUCGCUAUAGAAUCUUUGUUGCUUAAAGGAAAAGGAGAAGAGGAGCGUCAACAAUACAUUGGAAGCAUUAGAGAUACGGAUAACGAAUCCGUGCUCCACAAAGCCUGUCGUUCUGGAAGUAAAGACAUGUAUGCAUACAUCUCUACAACAUAUCCUAAUCUAGUUGCAGACAAGAACUAUCUCCUGGAAAUAGCACGUAGCAAGUCUGACCUUUAUGACAUAAUUGAGAAGGAGUAUGAGAUUAACAAAAAAUAGCCGUUGAAUGACUAAUGAAAACAAAACAUUUCAACAUCAGAGUAUAUAUCCCGGGAAUCUUUUUUAACAUUAUCAUGACGUUAAAGUAAUGUUACACUUGACGUUUUGAUAACCUUUUUCAUUGUUGUAUUUUGUAAUGUUUAAUUUGUGUUUUAAAUAUAUAGACGUUAUUCAGUAGAGUGUGCAUCAAUUUCACGUUUUUCAACAUUACAUUUGGUUUUAACUCUAGUUGGCUCCCUAGUGGAGUUCCUCAUGAGCACUCGCACUCUUAAUCUUAGUCACAUUUUGUUCCUUUGUAACAAGGGUCCUUCAUCAUAGAUAUUGGGAUAAAUGAAAAUAGAGUAAUGGCGUCCAUGGCAUUAUUUCUCAAACACAGCUAGCUGUUUAGUCUCUAUGAACAGGCCCACAAUUUGGUACUCUCCAGGAAAUUGCAGUCAAACAAAGCCUCUUGUUAUGAUGCAAACUUCAUUUAUAGGCUAUCAAACGUUUUUUUCUAUAGUAUAUCCUUCUUGACUCCAAAGCUGUAGUUUAUAAUGACUAAAAAGUAUGGAGAAUUUUAUUUUUUCCCCGGAUGUUUCGCGCUCAAUCAGAAAACAACCUCAUCUGCAAAUUAAAUUCAUCAAUGUUCUAAUAUAACUCCGUGAUGCAAUUAACAGAGGACAAUCUCCAUUGUUGUUGCAUUAUAUAAAGUGAUACCUUACAUAUUCAACAUACUAGUGUUCUAACUGAUAACUUUAGAACUUAUAAGAGUUCCCAGACAACACUAAUACACAGUAACAACUGUAAAUUGUACAUUUUAUCAUACAUUGUAUCUUGACCAUAUGUAAGAUGAGCUUUAUGCUCAAUAUGUUAUCAAGAA